CCAAAAUUUUGAGUAGAAGUCCCAAGAUGCUAGUGCAUCCAUGUUUAGUAAGUCUCUUAUGCAAUUAUAUUUAAUUAGUUUUUUUUUUUUUUAUGCAGGUUUCAGUAUGGCUUCGACAUCAACUAACGGUCCCAUGUACAAGAUUGACCCUGCUCAUCAUUUUCAGUCUAUAGCGUUACAGGUUUGGGCAUAUGAGUCUAUACCAACCAUCACUGAAUGUGGUGUACAUAAAGUAAGCAACGAUGCAAUACCACGAAUGCUGAGGUGGGUGUGCGAACUAUCGCCGAAGUCUCAUGUCCUACAGAGCCAGGUGUUUGACUCACCAAUGUUCUUAAUUAACGUGGUAAUUGAGAUGAUGCCUGAAGAGGAGGAGCAUCUAAGAAUGUCUUCAGGGGAACUUGUUGAGAAAACUCAUCCAUAUAACACCGUUUCUGAGAAGAAUGGUGAUUCAAAACGACCAGGAGAAGCUAGUAAUGAUGACAAUGACUGCAAAAGAGUAAGAAAAAGAAGAAGUGGAAGUCUAAGAUGA